ACACAACAGACGCACGCGCGCUGGAACUGCUUUUACGCAUACGCGCGCGCGCUUUCUUUCGUUUUUUUCUUUCGUUUUGGCCGCUUGUACGUGUUUUUCUCUCUCUCUCUGUCGCGUGCACGCCGCUGCAGCGAGGAGGAAGCCUGACUGCUGCUGCUGCUUCUGCUGCUGCUGUUUUGGCUCGGAUGGGCGUGCGCGCGCGUGUGCGUGUGUGUGCGCGUGCGCGUGGCUCUCCGGACGCAUGGACUUAAUAGCAGCAGCUGCUGCCGGUGCUGGUGGAUGUAGUGCUGUUGUUGUGGUCGGGUCUCUGUGCGCGUGCACGUGAACCGGGACGGAGCGUGGGGCUUCUGUGAUGACGUCACGGCCGCCCCCCGCCGCCCCCAAGUCGCGUGCGUUUCGUGUUCGUGUGUCCCUGCGUGUCGACGGCGGCGUGUCAACAACUCGCGCGCCGGUGGUGUUGGCGGCGGUGGUGGCCGUUCCUCCUCAUCGGCAUCUUCAUCUUCAUCACUAUCUUCAUCACCAGGAGGAGCGAGAGCAACAGUAUCGCAGGUGUUUCCGUUAUUUUGGCCACUGAGGUCCCCGCUUGCAUUCAUUCAUUCAUACAUUCAUGCGCGCGGGAGUCGCCGCCUGGCACAACCAGAGUCCGCUGUUGUGCUGUCUUGCGUCAUGACGCGCCGGAGCGCGAGGCGUUUUUGACGCAAGCCGCGCGCGUGCCACAGCCGCUCUGAGCGCAAGCGAGUGCGAGAGCGAGAGGAGGGCAUGAGACACGGUGCACGUGCGUUUGGAGAGGUGCUCAACGCGUAGCGAGAGAGAGACAUACAGAGAGAAAAAGAAAAAGUGUUUGGAGGAGAAAAUAAAUAAACUCCGUGCGUAAAAGCGCGCGACCGGUGACCGGUUCGUAAAUGGUGUUCAGGAAGAUCCCCGGUGUGUCUGCGCCGGGCAUGGGGCUCCGUCUGUCCCAGAAGUUCGUCUUCCUGCUGUUCCUGUCCGGCUUGGUCACGCUGUGCUUCGGCGCGCUCUUCUUCCUGCCAGACUCGGUGCGCCUCAAGCGCAUCUUCUUAUCCAAGAGCGAGAGCCCGCCGGUGACCGUGCGCUCCGAGGGAGAGACCCGGGACCUCACGAAGAAGAGCGCCGGAGAGCCCCUGAGGGCGCUGGAGGCGCCCGCCGGCAAGCUGAGGGUCAGUCGGAGACCUUCUGUAACGCACGAUGCCCGGAGCCUGGAGAGGUCAGUGGGCACCCUGGAGAGGACGCAGGUGGACGCGGUGGACGCAGCCCGGGAUUUAGAGCGCAAGGACGGCAGGAAAGGGUCUAACUCUGAGAUGAUCAACAAGUGUCUCCUGAAACCCGCGCUUGGAGUUGAUCGUGGAAAACCUACGGACCCCCAGACCGUCCAGCGGCGGGACAAAGUCAGAGAGAUGAUGAAGUUCGCCUGGGAUAACUAUAAGAGCUACGCCUGGGGGAAGAACGAGCUCCGGCCGCUGACCAGAAACGGACACAUCGGUACCAUGUUCGGUGGUCUACGUGGAGCUACGAUAAUAGACUCUCUGGAUACGCUGUACAUCAUGGGGCUGACUGAGGAUUAUAAGGAGGCUAAAGAGUGGGUGCAGAAUAACCUGGAUCUGAACUCGAAUGGAGAGGCGUCUCUGUUCGAGGUGAAUAUCCGAUACGUCGGCGGUCUGUUAUCAGCGUACUACCUGACCGGAGAGGAGGUGUUUAAGCAGAAGGUGUUGGAGUUGGGUGAGAAGCUGCUGCCUGCUUUCGGGACCCCCACAGGAAUCCCCCGCGGAGUCAUUAACCUGGGCAGCAGUGGCACGAGUUGGAGCUGGGGCUGGGCCUCCGCCGGCAGCAGCAUCCUGGCGGAGUUCGGAACGCUGCACCUGGAGUUCGUUCACCUGUCGGAACUUUCCGGGAAUCCCAUCUACACCGAGAAGGUGAUGAAUAUCCGAAAGCUGCUGGAUAAAAUCGAGAAGCCUCACGGACUCUAUCCCAAUUUCCUCAGCCCGGUCAGCGGAAACUGGGUCCAGCAUCACGUAUCUCUGGGCGGAUUGGGAGACAGCUUCUACGAGUAUCUGAUUAAAUCUUACUUGAUGUCAGACAAGACGGAUGAGGAGGCUAAGCGCAUGUACUACAGCGCUCUGGAGGCGAUUGAGACUAACCUGGUGCAGAAGUCUCCAGGUGGUCUCACCUACGUGGCUGAAUGGAGGGGAGGAGUUCUGGAUCAUAAGAUGGGUCACCUGGCCUGCUUCUCUGGAGGCAUGGUGGGCAUCGGGGCGGAUGACGGAGCUCCGGAGAAGAGGCAGCACUACCUGGACCUGGCAGCUGAGAUCACACACACCUGCCACGAGUCCUACAGCCGCUCAGCCACUAAGCUGGGGCCCGAGGCGUUCCGCUUCGACGGAGGGGCCGAGGCCACGGCCACCAGGCUGAGCGACCGGUACUACAUCCUGCGGCCCGAGGUCAUCGAGAGCUACAUGUACAUGUGGCGUCUGACCCACGACCCCAAGUACAGGCAGUGGGGCUGGGAGGCGGUGGAGGCGCUGGAGAAGCACUGUCGCGUGGAGGACGGGUUCUCUGGGAUCAGAGAUGUCUACGCCUCCACUGUCAGCCACGACAACAUGCAGCAGAGCUUCUUCCUCUCCGAAACGCUGAAGUAUCUGUACCUGCUGUUCUCUGACGAUGAUCUGCUGCCUCUGGACGACUGGGUGUUCAACACCGAGGCUCACCCGCUGCCCGUCAUCCGGCAGAGCUGCUUACAGGAACACGCGGGCACACGCGACACGCAGCAGCAGCAGCAGACUCACCCAGAGUAGCCUGACACCCUUACACACCUCACAACACACACACACACACACACACACACACAUAUACACACACUUUAAUACACACACACACACUAUACACACUCAUACACAGGGCCACAGCCUUACCGGCCCUGUGGCGGACUCUCGGCUCCUUUCCUGUAAAGGAUGUUGCGGUAAACGCUGUGAUUGUACGUCUUUAAGCCGGGACAUCCUGCCCUGCAGGGGGAGCCGGCGCUAAUUUUUUUCUUUUUUCCUUUCUUUUUUUUUUCUGAGGACAAUCAACAAAUUAAAAAAAACGAAUGAACAUAAACAACAAAAAAAAAAGAAUAAUCGACUUUUUGUGAGAAGAGCACCUUUUUUUCUUUCCAUUCUUUCCUCUGUGAGGAAAACCAGAAUAUUAUCCUUCAGGCCCAAAUCUGUGGGAUGAGUGCCGCGUCACACGCCGCUCCAAGAGAAAGAGAAAAAAAAAAACACGUUUUCUUCACGUUUUCUUCGUCAGACGUUUAUCGUUUAUCUGUCCAUCCUACGUCGUACCUACUUACUUACUCUACGGCCAAAGCUUUUCUUACAUCAGUUCUUUUUUCUUUUCUUUCUUUCUUUUCUUUUUUGUUUUUUAUCUCUACACACAUCAUCAUCAUCAUUAUCUUCUUUAUUAUUGUCUUUCUCUUAAUAUGAAAAACAGGAAUUCCUCCUGUUGUUGGGAAUGUGUGCAUAAUUACGAUACAAUAAAAUCUAUCAGUUUUACAGUAUGUAUACAUUUUAGUACCUUAACAAACGAUAAACCAAUUUAAAGAAAGGAGUCCUAGUGAAAGAGUUGUUUAAUUGGCUGAGACAAAUAGAGAAGAUUUGAGUGGAGGUUGAAUUGAUGCCAAUAGUUCUUAAAUAGUGUUAUCUUGUCUUUAAAUAAUAAUUAAAAAUAUAUAUAUUUAAACCAUGUUUUAACCUGGUAUUUAUUUAUAUAUAUACGGUAUUUCUCGGACUGUAUUACCAUGUUUCUCUUCUAAUGGGGAAGAUGGGGGAAAGCGCCUAAGGAAACAGAAUAUUAAUUCUUAAAAAAAAGAUUUAGAUUUAAAGUAAAACGAGUGCUGGAUUUUUUUCUACACAGAAUUCUCUCCUGAAAACUGUUUAUUUGGGUGAGUAAAGUGCUUCUGUUUAUCUAUAGUAAACUUAGAUUUACAAUAAUUUUGUCUAAGGUUGAGUUUUCAGUGAAGUUUCUCCAGCACUAAGGCUGGGUGCAGCAGCAUUAGCAUUAGCUGCUAACCACAGCGCUUAGUGCUAGUAAUGCCGCCUGAUAGCGCUAGUACUGAGGAACCAUGAGUGUACGGUAACCCAGGACGCUAUCAGCUAGCGGUUUGUCCCACAUAGCUUUUUUUUGUUUUAACAUGGCGAACAUAUAGAAUACAGUCCGAUCUGGCACUGAGUUAUUGAUUAUUUAAACAUUGUGAUAUAAGGAAAGGGUUUAAUUUGAGAUAAAAGCAUGGGUUGGUGUGAAACUUGACCAUUAGUGUAGAUACAUUUUAAUGUAAAGUUGUCUCAACAUCCAACUAUACACAGCAAAACUCAAACUCAAAUACAAAUAAAGCCGUAGUUUAUGAUAUAUGGUCUAUUUGUUGCCACAUAACAUCUCACAACAUGUAUCCCUCCACUGAUUUAAUGAUAUGAAAUAUUUAAGACGUUUAAACCUUUUUUAAACCUAAAAUUGUCUUAGAACUAUAAUUAAAAAGUGCAUCAGGUAUUGUCUCAUGCAGUGUAAUCAUAACCCUUUACAACCAUUGGUAUAAUACCAUUUUUUUUAAACCAACACCCCGGUUGCUGAGUAUAAUAUGGCAAUUGAUCUGAGUAGCUUGUUGCAACAGCCUGGUUACUGAGUAUAAUGUAGGAAUCUGCUGAAGUAGCUUGUUGCAACACCCCGGUUACUGAGUAUAAUGUAGGAAUCUGCUUAAGUAGCUUGUUGCAACACCCCGGUUACUGAGUAUAAUGUAGGAAUCUGCUUAAGUAGCUUGUUGCAACACCCCGGUUACUGAGUAUAAUAUGUGAAUCAGCCCCUUUAGAGCCUUUAAAAUACACUGAAUUACUUAGUUUACAUUUCAAACAGUGAAUUAUGCACACAUUUUGAACAACAGGUGGAAUUUUCUUCUUAAUAUCUAAUUUUCGUCAUAUUAAUUUGUCUGAUUUUGCUUUUUUUCAACAACACGCAAGGACCAAGAUGUCAGAAACUUUGAACAAAAAAAAAACAGAAAAUGUAAAAAAAAAAAAAGAUUUUUUUGAAUACUGUUUGUGCAGGAUUUGUGUUGGAGGAAGUGGAGGGGAGAUGUAUGAUGUCAGAAUCUGAAUGUGAGAGGAGAGGACUGGUGGGCUGCUGCAAAAAAAAUCAUAUAGAAUAAUUAUUCUGAUAUUAAUAAUAAUAAUGAUAUUAAUAUUAAUAAGCCUGAUUUUAUUAUGCUGUUAUUGAAUUAAAGCCCUGCAGCUCCAUUUAUUCAAUUUACUGAGAUUCAGCUUCAGCCUCACCACUGAAUGAGGAUACAGAGGGCCUCAAACACACACUAUACACAUAUACACAAUACAUACACACAUACACUAUACACACACUAUAUAUAUACACACACACACACUAUAUACACACACACACUAUACUAUACACACACUAUAUAUAUACACACACACACUAUAUACACACAUUAUACACAUAUACACAAUACAUACACAUACACACAUACUAUACACAUACUAUACACACACUAUAUAUAUACACACACACACACUAUACACACACAUUAUACACAUAUACACAAUACAUACACAUACACACACUAUACACACACAUUAUACACAUAUACACAAUACAUACACAUACACACAUACACUAUACACACACUAUAUAUAUACACACACACUAUAUACACACAUUAUACACAUAUACACUAUACAUACACACACACACUAUACACACACUAUAUACACACAUUAUACACAUAUACACUAUACAUACACACACACACUAUACACACACUAUACACAUAUACACAAUACAUACACACACACUAUACUAUACACACACUAUACACAUAUACACAAUACAUACACAUACACACAUACUAUACACAUACUAUACACACACUAUAUAUAUACACACACACACACUAUAUACACACAUUAUACACAUAUACACUAUACAUACACACACACACUAUACACACACUAUACACAUAUACACAAUACAUACACAUACACACAUACACUAUACACACACUAUAUAUAUAUACACACACACACACACUAUAUACACACAUUAUACACAUAUACACAAUACAUACACAUACACACAUAUAUAUAUAUACACGCACUAUACACACACACCAUAUAUAUACACACACAGCGUUCACACACACACUAUACAUUAUACGUACACACACUAUACAUAUAUACAGUAUACAUACACACACUAUAUACACACACACUCACACUAUAUGUAAUAUACACAUGCACACACACUAUACACACACUAUACACACAUACACUAUACACACUAUACACACUAUAGACUAUACACACAUACUAUAUAUACACACACACUUUUCACAGUAUACACACACACUAUACAUUAUACGUACACACACUAUAUACACACUAUAUAUAUAUAUACAGUGUGUGUAUGUGUUUGUAUAGUGUGUGUAUAUACUAUACACUAUACAUACACACACUAUGUACGCACUAUACACACACACUAUACGUAAUAUACACACACAAUACACACACUAUACACAUAUACACACACUUCACACACACUAUACACACAGAAUAUAUACACACACUAUACACACACAACACACAUUAUACAAACACACAAAUAACAAUAAUGCAAAGGGUCUAGCUGGAAUACACUGGUAUGCCAAAAGUCAUGGGACAGCAGUAUGUAAAUUGAUUACAAACUGUUACCUCAGAAAAAAAAAAAAUUGGGAACUCACACACUUGUAUAAGUUGUGAGGUGUUAUCUUGUGAGUGAGGUUAAGCAUUAGCCAUUUUUCACACAUACGCAAUACACACACACAAUACAAAUAACAACAAUUCAAAAUGAUCUAGGUGUAAUACACUGGUAUGCCAAAAGUCAUGGGACAGCAAUCCUGUUGCCUUGGAAUUAUGGCUUGGGAGGGCCUGCAUUUGUAUAAGUUGUGAGGUGCUAUCUUGUGAGUGAUGUUGAAAACUAGCCAUUUUGCACACACACAUACAAUAUACACACACACAAUACAUACACCCAAAUAACAACAAUUCAAAAAGGUCUAGGUGUAAUACACUGAUAUGUCAAAAGUCAUGGGACAGCAGCAUGUAAAUUGAUUCUAAAGUGUUACCUCAGAAUUAAAUCUUGGGAACACCCACAUUUGUAUACAAUGUGAGAUGUUAUCUUGUGAGUGAGGCUAAGCAUUAGCCAUUUUGCACACACACACACAUAUUCAUAUAUGGAGCAAAAAGUGACAGCACACAGGAGCUGACCCCGCCCGUCUCCUCUGGUUUCAGUGUAUUGGUUUUCCGCCCGUGCGGCGCACUAGUGGAGGAAUGUGCUGUACAUAACUGAGAGCGUGUGAUUGUGAACGACCCCGUGGUUCAUUUUUUUUGCUUUUGAUCUUUUGAUCUUUUUUCUCUCGUAUAUCUUCUCUUUCAUUCCUCACUUCUUCCUCAUUUUUUUUUAUUUGAUCAUAAUCGUUCCAUAUGAUUCUCCUCUGUUUUAUCUUCAUUUGCUUCCCUCAGGUGUUUCUUGGAAAAGAGGAGUUUUGAUUCUGAUUAUUGUUACUUAUGAUGAAUUAUUAUGGUAUGGAUUAUCCUUGUUGAUUUUUUUUUUCUUCUCUUUCAAUGUUGUAUAUUUUCAGAUACUGGUAAAAAUUAUCUGUGCAACUUUAUACAUUUAAAACAACUGCACAAAUCA